UUGUUAAGGAAUAUAGAGAUCUCUCGAUCAUUGUCAACGGGAAUUUCAGAGCUUCUAAUGAAGCUGCCAAAGCUCCUGUCCUCCUAAACAGGACAGCGAUUCCGCUUAAUAUCAGGACCCUCCCUUGCCCCCGCCGUCGCCCCCUCCAAAAAUACCCAGAGUAUUUGUCUACUAGCCAUUGACAUUGAAAUCAGUUUUACUGCCUUUGCUCAUUGUCAACGACCUCGUCAUGCCGACAUACGCCGUUCUUGGAAGCACGGGCAACUGUGGUUCCGCCGUGGUUCGCCGCCUCCUCGAGAAAUCUUCCGACACGAAAAUCAAGGCGUAUUGCCGCAACAAGGCCAAACUGUACACAGUGAUCCCUGAAGUCAUCGACAAUAAACAAGUCGAGGUGUUUGAAGGCAGCAUCGGCGAUGACGCGCUGAUGGACGACCUUCUGCGGGGCACAAAGGCAGUCUUCCUAGCAGUAACCAGCAAUGACAACAUCCCAGGAAUCCGCCUCAAUACCGACACUGCACUGGCAGUUCUGCGAUCCAUCUAUCGACUGCGCGACGAAGCAGGCCCGGCUUCAUACGUGCCUCCGAAGCUGGUCCAGCUCAGCGCCAGCGCCAUGGAUGACCACCUCGCACGCACCAUGUCCAAGGCGUUCCGCUGGAUCAUCGUCCGCGCCGCAUCUAGAAUCUACGCAGAUCUCCAGCGUGCCGAGGACAUCAUGCGCUCGCACGACCACUGGAUCGAAUCCAUCUUCAUCAAGCCGUCCGGCCUGUCGCCUGACAUAGCGCGCGGCCACCGGUUGACCUUUGACGAGCAGGAGAGCUUUGUGAGCUAUAUGGACAUCGCUGGCGGUAUGCUUGAGGUCGCAGAUGACGAAGAAGGCCGCUAUGCUGGCAGAAACGUCGGUGUCGUGAACAAGGUGACAGGUCAGGGCGCCAGGGUCCCCGGCGGCACCCCGCUGUGUAUCGCAUUGGGCUUUGUCCGGCACUACUUCCCAUGGAUGCAUCCCUACCUGCCUGCAACAGGCCCGGACAAAUAGUUGGUGUUUGUGCAAGCUUGCUGCGAGUGUAUGGAAUUAGAACAAUUGAGAGCUGCCAUCUACAGGAGAAUCAGACAAUUUGUUGUAACAACACUCGUAAAUUAUUAGCCCAAGAGUAUAUAUAGUUAGCAAUCCACAGCUGCCUUGUACGGAAGAAUCAGACACUUUAUACUAG